CCUGUGGACCCCCCCCCCCACCCCCCCGGGGCGGUUUCUCACCCGCGCGCCCCUGCAGUGCAGGAUGGAGUGCAAGGACGUGGCGGCGGAGACGCUGUACGACGUGCUGCACGACAUCGAGUACCGCAAGAAGUGGGACACCAACGUCAUCGAGACCUUCGACAUCGGCAGGCUGACCGUCAACUCCGACGUGGGCUACUACGCCUGGAAGUGCCCCAAGCCCCUGAAGAACCGGGACGUCAUCACGCUGCGCUCCUGGCUGCCCAUGGGCACCGACUACAUCAUCAUGAACUACUCCGUCAAGCACCCCAAAUACCCGCCCCGUAAGGACAUGGUGCGAGCGGUGUCCAUCCAGACGGGCUACCUGGUGGAGGGGAAGGGAGCCAAGAGCUGCACCAUCACCUACCUGGCACAGGUGGACCCCAAAGGUUCGCUGCCGAAGUGGGUGGUGAACAAAU